AAAAAAAACCUAAUAUUUAAAACGGAUUUUGGAGAGAGGCUCCCUCGUUCUGUAUGCCAUUAAAGACACACGGUCUCGAUUAAGGUAGAGCACUGCGCGCUUUUACUUUGUUACUGACUAUCUUCUGAGCUUUAGGACCCGGGGGUAGUCGGCAGAAGCGACCGUGAUUGGCUGUAGUUCUCCGUAAGCAGACAGCGGAGCAGCCCGACUAAAGCUCAACAGCCAUAACGCCGAGUGUCACUGUGAGAAUUCUGGAAAACCAGAGACAACUUUAAAACUGCAGAGCACACGUCGAGUUUGAGGCACGAAUGAUGGCCUUCAGUUCAUGAUCUUCAAUUGUUUUUUUCCCCAGAUACCAUAGACACUGAUAAUGCUGAAGAUGAAGCUCCCCAUGAAGUCGGCGACGGAGGAAGGAGGCGGCGGAGGAGAAGAGGACGAGGCGGUGGACGACGAUUUGGAAACAGCCCCAAUUUGCCCCCCAGAGCCACGUUUAUUGCCCGGAGGCUGCUGUUGCAACUGUCGACUUAACGAGCCCCAAGAUGGGCGGCAAUUUCCUUGUACUCUGGACAAGGAGACGGUCUUUGAGUGGUUCGGAUUGUGUCUGUGCCCUGCCAAACGCAUCGAGUUAAUGUGCGGUCUGCUGCAUAUGUGCCAGCCUCUGGAACUGCGAUUUCUAGGCUCGUGUCUAGAGGACCUCGCUCGCAAAGAUUUUCACGUUUUGCGCGACUGGGAGAUAAGAGCUAACAGCCCUUCUGAGAUGGGCCUGUUGACAGACGUGUCCGACCCAGUGGUCCGUUCUAAGCUAUUGGUGUGUCUGUCUCUGUUAUCCUCAGAGAGCAGAGAGUGUGCCAGCAUCUUGUUUCGCACCCUGAGCCGCGUGGAGAACACCAGUCUUACCAGGAACUUUGGGACGACGGGGGACGUUGGAAUUUCUCAUCAGCAACAGCAAAUGUCCCUGCUUUUCACCAUGGCGUCCCUACACCCGGCCUUCCCUUUUCACCAGAGAGAGGGUUUGAGAAACCAAUUCGAAACACUUGAGAGGACUAUGGAGACAGAAAGGCGGCAGUAUCCCGCGAGUGGGUCACGGGUAAUGUGGCCAGAUUCACCGAAAAGCUCAAUAAACCAAGCAAACAAAGAACUAGAGGACUUUUUAUCAAAGCUUCCAAAGGAGCUUUCGACAGAGUGCUUCGAAAAAGGAAUUUUAAGACUGUUAAGUCACAGAGAUGAGUGGGAAAUUGGUGAGCUGGAGCAAAAAUUGAGAAAAAAGUUUUCUUCUGCUUCUCAAGCUUUUCGGCAAAGAGACUGUAGUUUUUUUCUCUCUAACUCAUCAGAUGCUGUCCAUAACCACAAUCUGGAGCCUUUCAUGUUAUGUCAUCGUAAGAAACAAGGCAGCAAAAGCCCCAGUCUAAGCAUUCCCAAUUCAAAGUGCCCUGGAUUAGAAGGUCUGAGAAUGCAACACUCUGAACACAAUGGUCUCCUCGAGUGGAAGAAAAAAAGCUACUCUUUAAAAUCUAGUACAGAGCACUGCACAAUGGUUUCUGAUAUGCAACUUUCAGGAGGCAAAAAGAAAAUGAAGCCUCAGACUGACAGGGACAAGGGGAAAAAGGGAGAAAGCAGGAUAAGCAACAUAACUAAUGGCACUUUGAGGUCUGCACCAGAGCAGUCAUUUCGAUCCUGUUCUGCAAAAGGUCCUAGAUUGGAAACUGGGUCAGGUCCUGAUACUUGUGGAGAAACAUCUUCUGAGAGCUACAGCUCCCCUUCUAGCCCAAGGCAUGACUGUAGAGAGAGCUUCGAGAGUGAAGAUGAUAAGGAUCGAGAUUCAGAUAGCAACUCUGAAGGUUCCGGUAAAGACAGAGCAGAUGGUUUCCUGCCUUUUAGCAUUGGUGGACCUGCCUCUGCUGCAGUAGGACGGCUGGUUACACCAGUACUGAAAGAGGACGGACAGCGACCCGAAAGCCCGUUGAGUGCCUCUAAGUUCACCCAGCUGUCUUUCAUGCCUCCAAUCCAGAGUGUGAUUCAAAAUGUAGCACCAAAACCUGAAGGAGUGGUGCCACCUCAGAUCGUGGAUGGCAAGUCGGUUGGGUUAAUGGUGACUGUGCCUCCUGCCCUCUCUUCCAUGAGAGACACUACAGUAAGUCCUACAGCCACUGGAGAUACCGACAAGCAACAUUUGGACUCCAAUUCCUCCAUAACACCUACCUUUAUAUCGUCGCAACCAGGGCUGGUACAGCAGCCAAACUUGUCACUACACCAGAUGAUUCAGCGAUUCAAAAUGACUGCACCAAAUGUCCCUCAGAGCACCUCAGAGAACUGCAAUACCCCACAGCAUCCAGCGCCUGUAGGUGCUAUUAACGUGGUUUCACCAAACCUUGCCUAUGUUCCCCCCAUUCAAAUGACUGUUGGCUUUCCCAGUGCUGAACCCCUUGCAUCUGGUACACCACAUUCUUUGUCUCAUUCUGAAAACAGUGGAGCUACACAGCAAAUGCACAGCAAACCUCCAGGCUUACCUUUAUCUGCUGGCCUUCCCACUCCACCUCCAUCCUUUGGCCUUUCUGUUCCUAGCUCUGUGUUACCUGCCCAAGCUGGCCAUGCCCAAACUACAGGCCAAGUGCAAACCAUGGUUCCCCCAGCUGUACCCACUCACACCCCCGGACCUGCACCAAGCCCAAGUCCAGCUCUGACACACAGCACAGCACAAAGCAACAGCACUUCCUACAUCAAUAGCAAUGGAGGCUCUAAUGGUUCUCCACAGCAGCCAUCUACUCAGCAACUAGGAUGCGGAGCUUGUGGAUGCAGGGGAAGCUGUGGCAGUCACCCACCAAAUUACUAUUUCCCUCCUCCUCACCGCCAAGUUUUUAGUUUGCCACCUCUGUUCCAUCUGACAUGUAACAGCAGCUACCUCAAUCAGGCACAUCAGAGCAAUGGAGCAACACAGCUGCCUUUCUUCCCACCUACUCAACACCCAUAUGCCAAUGGACCUUUAUUGCACACCCACACAGACCACCUACUAGGCAAUCAGACUAAUUAUGGGAUCCAACAAAUGACUGCUUUUGGUUGCUUCUACUCUCCUGUGUACCCUUCAGUGAGUAUGGUGCCGAAUCCUAGUGGGACGGGAAUUAAGAAAAAUGGGAAUAUCUCUUGCUACAAUUGUGGUGCCAGUGGACACUAUGCACAAGACUGCAAGCAGCCAUCCAUUGAUGCCAGUCAACAAGGUGGUUUUCGAUUGAAGUACUUUUCUACACAAGCAACAGAAACAAUAGACUCUGCUGACUGAACUGCUGAAAACCAUUGAUGAUUGCUUCCACUUAAAAGAUUAUUUUCCAGAAAAUGUGUUUUCUUCUUCUAAUAAAUAUAACAGGCUUUAAUCUGAGAACUUGUGCCUAAACCUUUCUUAUGUACAGACAUUGGGAAAAUGGUCAAACACAAACAUUAAUUUGCUUUUGCACUGAAGCAGCACUUGCUUUUGUUGAGCAAGCUGUCACCAUGUCAUUACAAAGACCCUUUUUGGAUUGCAGUGGAUUGGUGUACUGGUGUAGGGGAUCAUAAUGAAUAGCUUUCAUUUUCUGCGGUGGUGACGUUCAUUUUAUCUGUUCACAGCAAGAGUUAGACGUUUUCAGCAGGACACCAUCUUAAUCAUAGAGACACUGCAAUUUGUACAAAUGUUUUUCUAAUUGGUAGUGAUGAUAUAUUGAAAACCUGAUUUGAAUAUGAGUGCCUACAUUGACAUUGUUGGAGAGAUUAAAAAAUGCAUAAAAAAAGCUUUUGAAGACUUGGAUAUGAACUUUAAGAUUUUUGUUAGAGCAGCUAAUUAACAAAAAUUCAGACUUUUUAUAUUUAUUUGAAAUCUUAAAUUAAAAAUAGUAAGUGUGAAUGUUGUAAGAUUUUUUGUGUUUGUAAGAGAAGUUCUUUUUUUAGUGUCAUACUACAGAGCGUACUUGAUUUUAAAUAUAUGCAUAUAUGAGAUUGUGUCUGUGUGUAUAUACUGCACACACGCGAGCACACACAAAUUUACAGGUUUGCAUAUUUUUAUAUAAAUAAUAUAAUGUGUGUAUGCAUAGGUGUUUGUA